UUCACGCCUAAUCACCGGCAGGGGGAGGGAGUCCAGAAUUAGUUAAUUCGAUGAUUGUGGCCAGUCCCUAUACGACUACGGCCGAGCGUUGCCCAAACUGGUGUGUUUUAAUAGCAUAAAUAAAAAUACGUUACAACAAAACGAGGUUUUUCAACUUGUUUGAUACCGGAUAAUCUUGUGUGGAAAUGCAGACAUUGGGCGCGCUCGCCAUUUUGGCAGUUUCCCUUUUAACGACACUUUCAGCACUGCAGAUGACAGACCUCCAGUUGGAGAAAACCCUCGCCGACCGGGGGACGAUGCAGCGUCAUAUCAGAUGUGCGCUAGGAGAAGGAUCGUGUGAUCCAGUUGGUAUUAGACUAAGAACACUCGCGCCACUGGUCCUAAGGGGGUCGUGCCCGCAAUGCUCCACGCAAGAGACCCACCAAAUACGUCGCACGCUCGCCUUUGUCCAGCGGAACUAUCCGUGGGAGUGGGCAAAGAUUGUUAUCUACAUAUUUGUACUGUGCACGGUAGCGGCCACAUUCGCGGCUGAGACAGCGAGGCCCGCGGUUUCUGACACAGCUCUUGAAGACGCACUCAACGACAAGCGGUUUAUACAGAGACAACUCAAAUGCGCUCUUGGGGAGGCACCGUGCGACCCUAUUGGAAAACGCUUGAAAACUCUGGCGCCAUUGGUGCUGCGAGGCGCGUGCCCACAAUGUUCCUCGCAAGAGACUCAACAAAUACAACGAACGCUUUCCUACGUGCAGAGGAAUUACCCGCAGCAAUGGGCGAAGCUGGUCCGACAAUAUUCCGGUUAACGUUAAUAAACUCUAGACACACAGAAUUGAGAACAUACAGAAACCGUGUACACGACUAAUUUUGAAGCAUCAAAAACCGUAACACUUUAGUAGUGUUUAUCGAACAGGUGGUUAGUCACUUCAUACCAUUGAAGAGGUUGACAGUCAUUAUUUUACCUACAAUGUUUUAAACGUUUACCAUAAAAUGGGAUGGGAAAGUUUGUGGGCUAGCAACAUUCCACGGGUGUGAAUUGAGACGUGCGCGCGGCGUUUCACGUUUUUUGGGCACAAUGCAUGCAAUAAUAGCUCAAUGAGGUUUCUGUUAAUCUUAAUUUUGUGUUUGGACAUAUCUAAAUUUUUUUUACCUGUCUUAUAAUGUAAACAAUCUUUUUGUUUAU